UGCUUGCCAGACAGAUACCCUAGCAACUUGAGUUUACCAUGUUCCCUUCCUUGCGUGCCCUGGCCUCCCUCGCAAACGUCUCCACGCCCUUCAAACGUUCUUCACUUGGUCUUUUUCAUGGCAAGCUGAAGCAAUACGGGAAUAACGUCCCAUUUUCCAAGAAAAAGACUCGUAGAACAUGGCUACCCAACGUACAAAACAAACGCCUCAUGUCAGAAGCACUGGGUCGUAAGUUGGAACUCAAGGUCACGACACGCGCCCUAAAGACCAUAAAGAAGCACGGUGGUCUUGACCAGUACCUUCUCAAGACAAAGCCAGAACUCCUCGGUUAUGAAGGCAUGCGUCUUCGAAUAACCGUUCGCGAGGCACUGCAGACAGAAGCCGACGCCCAGGCCGAGGCAAAACGCGUGGAAGAGGGGGCUGCUAGAUUAGAGAAGGAGAAACAGCUUGCCGAGGAGCAGGCAGCACGACUAGCGAGCCAAAAACAACUCCAAGCUCAGAGGAAGGUGCAAGCGAAAAAGGAACGGAGGAGGUCUGAGUCAUUGGCUGGCUCUAUCCUUGGUGCUCAGCACAGCUCGUCUCCGCCGAGCGUGUCUGCGCGGUGACAAGUGGACUGCACAUUCGCACUGAUUGCUACCAAGGUAUUCUAAGAUUGUUUGUUCCUCCAGGAGGUACACUGUGUAACCAAACCACGUCAAUAUCGAAGCGAUAUUACGGGUUAUCCUGAUCCUUUCCGAGUUAUGAUCCUUUUCCAUGACACAUGCCAGUCCCUAACUGCCACCAUCAAACC